AUGGGCCCAACCACGCCCUAUUCGACCCCACCCGAAGAAUUCCAAAACCCUUUUGAAGACCCGAUCAUGAGCCCCGAAAAGUUGUACGACGACGAAUCGAUUGCGACGAGCAAUGACCGACCCAACCGCCGCCAGCGCGACAGUUGGCCCGGCGUGCCCGCGACCUCGACGACCCAUCGUUCGAUCUGGAAGAAGAAGCGCUGCUGGGCCAUCCUUUUUUUCGUCGUCGCUGGUGUUGCCGUCGCUGUUGCGUUGAGUGCUCGUGCUUACGAGGAUGUUCGCAAGAAUGCCAAGGAGAAUCAUCGCAUCGGCAUGGCGCUGUGCGAGCAGUACCCCACCCUUCCUUACUGGUGAGGAAAAUUUGGCACUAGGCCCCGCCUCUUCCCGAUUGUACUGACCUCGAUCAUUUCGCCAUCAUAGCCUCAAAAUUAAAGACGAGGUCGAUCCUUACAAUGGAACGCUUCGCUACGCAUAUGGAAUGGUCUCGAUCAACGACACCACCGCCUCUCUUUCGAACGACACCACUGCCGCCGGCGCCGUCCCACUCGACCGGCCCUUCUCUGAUCCACAAGCUCAUCAUCGACGCCGAGCAACAAUGGAAUGCCAAGCUCGCCAAGCAGAGUCAUUCGCUGGUCCAAGCCGUUGCGGAGUACAAGCGACGUUACAACCAGAACCCUCCCGUCGGUUUCGAUCGAUGGUACCAGUUUGCGAUGGACAACAACGUCCAGCUCAUCGACGAAUAUGACUCGAUUUACGAGAACAUUUUCCCUUACGCCUCGAUCCCGAGUCGGGAGCGAUCGGAUAUGCUCCAAGAGGACGGAACGUUGUGGGUCCACAACCUCAGUUUCACGAUCGACGUGACGAACCACAAAGCAACCCUCGAGGGCCCGAUGACGAAAAGAAACUCGCGCGCGGAGAACCUCUUGUUGCUCAUGGAGGGUAUCUUGCCCAUGCUUCCCGAUCUCAACUUGACCGCGACUGGACACGAUUCGGGCUACAUCGUCGCCUCGGCCAACAUGAAGGCAAAGCACAUUGAGGCCGCCAAGGCCAAGCGAUGUAAGUCAUAGAUCGUCUUCAUACUUCCUCACGGCCAGCAUCUGAUCAACUUCGUUUCUUUUUUCACUGUAUCAGACCUCACUGAGGACCAGCUCAUGGACUUUGACGAUAACAAGACUCUUGAGUAAAUCCCGCGUCGGGAAUCCGUAUCUUCUGUUCCUCUCCUGGCGAGCUGACCGAUGGCUUCAUUUACCACACCCUCCCAGUGGCUGGCAAACUCUUUGUCCCCGCGGCUCACCCAUUCGCAACGUCUCUCACAUCGCCGACCGGCUGGCCAAGAACGAGCGCAAGCAAAUCACUUUCAUCGAGGACCACAAGGAGGCGAUGAACAUGUGCAACCAUCCCGAGAUCCAGCCUCUUCAUCGAUACACAUCCUGGUCAGUAGCGCUUCACUCAAGAAGUGAUCAAGCCAAUUUUCAGCUUGACUGACCUACGUCCACAGGGAGGGUCCUCGACCGGCUCUCUUGUUCCCCCUCUUCGCUUUCGCCACCACGACCAUGCACAACGACCUCUUGCUCCCUUCGCUCGAGCAAUGGGAGGUGCCACCCGGAGACGACCCGACUUGGGCCGAAAAGACCAACGAUGGAACGGCGUCCAACUUGAACCUUUCGGACAAGACCAACCGCGAGAUGUCGCAGCGACCUCGAUUGAUCGAGUGUGAGUUGAUGAGCCCUGGAGACUCUCUAUGCGCCUUCGCUAGAACUGACCUGUGGGCUCGGGUUUGAUUAUUUCGACAGUCAGAGACGUCAACGGCAAUGUGACUGUUCAACUCUCACUCAGCGACACAAAUGACACGAUCGGCCCCGUGACGGCCUAUACCGUCCCCGCUCGUGAACUCGCUGCAGACUACUUCGACUUUGCUCUCGUCGGCGACAUUUCCUCCAACUGCCUUCCCGAGGACCAAGCGCUUUGCGACCAGUUCAAAUCCACGCACCGCUUCAGCCCCUUCAUGACGCGCGAGGAACAAAACCUCUACAAGUACACGAUGGAUAUCGACGGCAACGGAUGGUCACGUCGUUUCCAUACCUUGAUGAGCUCCAAUUCGCUCGUGCUCAAGUCGACGAUUCGUCCUGAAUGGUACUUUGAUCGUAUUCAACCUUGGUACCACUACGUCCCCGUCAACGUCGAUUAUACGGACCUGUUCAAUAUCAUGGCUUUCUUCAAAGGUGACAUUGAUGGCAAUGGCGCGCACGACCAACUCGCCGAGACGAUGGCGGCUCAAUCCAAGGAAUGGGCCGCGGCGUACUGGCGUUGGGAGGACAUGCAGGCGUACCUCUACCGCCUGUUGCUAGAGUACAAUCGCGUCAUGCAGCGCGAUUCCAACAAUUACAACAGCCACGACUUUGCGCAAUAUUAG